GAGGGGCGUAGGGCGGCGGCCAGUGGGCCAUUCGGGCCUAAACCAGCUGAUGGUCGAGCAGUCGGCCUUGAGUUGGUGUAGCGGGACUUGUGCUUUUUUCCUCCGCGUGGCGCCGUGCGCGCUGUCACGGCAAUGGACGGUCGCCUCUCGAGACUGAUCUGUUAGCGCCCACGAGGAGAGCGUUUCCGUCCCGAAAUAGCUGCGGGGGCUGUUGAACCCGUUUGGAAGCGGGGAGCAUUCGCCGAGGGGGAAACUUAACUCCAUGAGGGGACGCCGAAUUUAGCCCGUGGAUCGGUGACUGGUGCGUAAAAUUAACUCGGUUGCGGCGCAGCAGCGGAAAAGCAAGGACGGCACGAGCGCACGACGCGGGGAAUGUCAACCUGAGGGCCGCUCCUGACUCCUGAGCGUCUGCAAUGUCGGUGAAGAAGUGCUGCGCGGUGCUCAAAGGCGCCCAAAAUGACACGGAGAAGUUCGCCGGCCUGUUUAUGGUCACCAAGGUUAUCAAAGCCAAGGAGCUGAGCGCCGAUAGCAAAAAGCAGCUCUUCGAGGCCGUCGGCUUCGACUUCCUGCGACGCUUGCUGCUCACUUCAGACGCCCUUGAGGACUGUCCGCCGCAGAUCUACAAGUCGGUGGCCGUCUCGGUGCUCAGCUGUUUCUGCGACGAACCUGAGGUGGCCACGCACCCGCAGUUGCUGGCCAACCUGAACGCCCUAGUCGAGAUCAUCCAACUUGAAGACGACGAGGAGGAGAACUUGCAGGUCAUAUCAGAGACAUACCAGUGCCUGAAGCACGUAGCCCUCCACGAUGCGGGGCUCGAGAAACUCAAGGAAAUUGGAGCCGUUAGCAAGUUGGUGAAAGCCUACGCAGACCAGAGUUUUGAGUCCGAUGAAGCCCUAACUAUAGUAUGCAGAAUGGCCAUCCACUUCGGCCCUUCUGUGUGGGAUGAAGAUGCCCAGACCCUGAACACGCUUCUGAAUAAAAUCACCAUGGACAUGGAGACAGAUCAGUCGGAGCACAAGUUCGAACUGGCCGAAACGUUGCACACGCUUUUGUACAACAGCAACCGCCAAAUCAUCCGUGACACGGCUAAAGAGCAAACUUGGCCUUCAAGCUGCUACAAAGCCCUGUCUGACAUCCUGACCAGCCGACUGGGCAAGCAGCAAAGAGACCCUUCCCUGAAAUUGGCCUCCAUCAUCAUCGAGUUGCUCGGAGUUGAGUGGUCGCUGACCGACGAGGAGAAGCCCAAGGCCUUUUUCCUGCUGCUGGUGCAGCUAUGCUCCAUCGAGGUGCGCAUGCAGGUUGAGGACCGGUCCUUCGAACAGGUGAUGAAGAACGCUGACCUGCUUGUAUCAUGCUUCAACCUGAUGGAAAUCGCCAUCGCCUAUGUGGCGACCACGCCCACUUUUGAGCUCGAGCAGAAGGAGAAACAGCAGUUGUACACAGCUCUAAAGGGUGCGUUUGCCGCCCUGAUCAACCUGCUGGGCAAGAUCGCCAAUAUCAGGGACAAACUGGGCCCCAUCGAGAAGGCCUUUGUCUACGCCAGCAUCAGGGUGCUGGCCGCCUGGCUGGCGCAGGAGACCUCCGCCCUCAGGGAUGCAGUGCACAAGCUGCUGCCCUUCAUCCUUGAAAUGUCAAAUGAGACCUUUCGCGCAACCGCCCAGCGCAAGGUGGAUGGCCAGGAGGCAGCACCAACUGAUGUUGACGUCCUGCGGCUUUUUCUGCCCGCGUUGUGCCACCUCGCGGUCGAAGAGCCGGCGAGGAAGGCGAUGAUCAACAUGAAGCAGGAAGAGGUUCUAUUUGACUGUUUGCAAUACUACUGGGCGUUGGUACAGCCAGACAAACCUAUGAUUCCUCGGGCUGAACGUCUUAAACAGCGAGUUGAGGUGGUUCUCACGCAGGUGCAGUUGGAAGAGGUGGAAGACGCACGCGCCGCCAUGAUCUCCCUGUGCAACAUCUUCAUGAACAUCACCGUCCUAGAGCCAAAAAUGGUGGACCAAAGCGCCACCUUCAACCGACUCCUCAAGUUCCUCUUUAACAAGCUGCCGGAACUUAAAUCGACUCCAGAGAACCUGGUUCUGCAGGGCAACCUGGCGGUCAUGGGCCUGCUCCUUCUGAAGCAGCUGUCUGCACGCCAGAACAAGAACGACUACACCAUUUGUCGAUACCUGACGGCCACCAUGCGCUUCCUGUGGGACGCGUACGUCGUGGACGAGCAUGGAGACAACUCGUUGGGCCCUCUCACUGUCAGCACCACUUACAAAAAGUACUGGCUCGAGUUGAUGGAGCUCUGGUUCCUCGGCAUGCAGACCAUGAGUUGUGUGCUGGAGCUGGUGCCGUGGGUGGCGCAGUUCGCCAUCGAGAGUGGCUGGGUCGAGGGCGUGAUAGACACUCUGAAGAGGGUCAGGGUCGGCGACUUUCCUGCCAACGCGCGCUCCGCCUUCGAGGACUUAUUGUGCCACCUGGUCGACGCCAGUCCGCAGGUCGCCACCCUGCUCAAGGACAACGACGCCCUUCAGGUUUGCCGCAACCAUCGGCUCAUGGAGCUCGGCAAGAAGCUCUUCGGCGACUGAAGCAUUUAAAACUUCUAGUUGUUGCGCAGUGGGAGAAUGUUUUAAUUCAAUCAGGUGAAAAAUAGGUUUGCUUAGACUGUGUCAGCAUCGAUUUUUGGUCUCAUGGAGAAAUGUGGAGCGCAUAUGAAUGGUUAAAUUAAUCAUUCUUAUCUUGAAAUUUAAUAUUCCGAUCGUACUUAAGCCUUCUUGCACUUUCCAUGAAAUCGAGACAGUUCAGACACAGUUUGACAAACUUAAAUUACACUGCGUAAAGGGACUACCAUUUCCAAUUUAUCUGUUGCUAUCUUUGAUGAAACCAAUCGAAUUGACCACUAUUUAUUUGCUGUUUAACAAAUGCUAACUGAAAUGGAUAUCAAUUUAUGUACCACAAAAUAGCCCAAAAUUUCAAUUGUCACAAAGGCUGAUCAAAGUGGUGAUUCCGCGAAUGGCAUCCAAGCUGUACAUUUUCCUGAUUUCAUAUAAUUUUGUAUUCUUUAAGCUAGUCCGUUGCGAUGUGGAAAGUAAUUCCGCUGAUGCGCAGUUGUUCAACGUCUAAGCAGGUUUUCAAAGUGAAGCAAGCCAAAUAAUACUUGAGUUUUGUAAUAAAACUUAAAACUGGAAAA